AUGGCUCCUGACGCUAAACUGAGCAGUCUCGAAAUUAACCCAACGAUACUCCCAUUAUCACUUAAAGACUGGUGUCAAGUGAUACAGUCGUCUACAUCCUCUCUGAAAUCACUAUCUGUAGUAUUGGCGGAGGAACCCUGGAAUGACGAUGAGGAGCCUUGGCAGCGCGCGCCGCAACUCCUUGACUGUAGUGAAGCUCUUGCAUUGUAUGUCCUUCGUAAACUAUCAGUGCAUAGUAAAACACCACCGCUACAUGGACUACUAGAUCGCAUUAAAACAUGGCCGCCUGCUAGAGGCCAAGACCUAUUCGACUUGUUGACAAGCCUCGUCAAAUUGAGAAGGCUAUCUGUCUACAAGUUCAACCUAUCUGCUGACUGUCUCUUGGACGCGGCAGCCUUCCUGGCUCGCGCCUACAGGAAGGUCUGCACAAUAGUCCCUCGUAAAGACUAUGGAUAUGAACAUAUGAAGGAAGCAGCCAUGCUGGAACAGUCCUUCAACGAAUUCUCAAGGUCCUUGUUAUCGAAUUGGCUUCUUGACUCUAAUACCGUCACAAACAACCCUCCUAUAAUGGGCAGUGGUCUGCAAUUCAAGAAUCUAACAGGAAAUUGGGUUUCUGUGGUUGCCUUCAUCUUGUCAUUCUUUGGAUUGGUAGUCUCUGGCAUUGGUCUCAUCGUCGUACAGGCUGAAUGGAACAAGAUACCUAGCGCAGGAGGCAGAAAUCCCUUUGAUCUCCAGUGGUUUCGUCUCUUCUGGCACACUAUGAUUCUUGUAUGGAUGCUUGUCCUCGUCAUCCGUGGUGCCAUCCCAGCUUAUCGAUUUGUCCUCUUGGCCUUUGUCGCCAUCGGAUUCACGCUCCUCAUUGACGGAUUCGACAAUGCCAUAUCGUACAGCGUAAACUUUUAUGGAUCAACACUAGGAAACGCUGCCGGUGCUCUAGCUGCUGGUCUCUUUUUCGUCGCAGUAGGAUAUAUUACAUGGAUCUUCCUGUUGGGAGCAGAAGAAAACACCGCAGCCCACCGAUUCGUAAAAGGAGAAUCAAUGCCAUUAAAGAAUGUAUCUGUUGGUGGAUUCACUAGUGGAUUUGGUAGAAAGAACAAGAGUGAACGAGCUCCCACCCAACCUGUAGUCAUCUCAUCACCUUCAACUGCUGCUGGUGCCAGUUCGGCUGUAUAUGCUGCUGCUCCUGCCGCUGCUGCAGGUGCCGGUGCUGGAGCUAUUGCUGCUGGUGGUGCUGAACAGGUUUAUAACUUCAAGGCAAAGGCCUUGUAUUCUUAUGAAGCCAACCCAGAAGAUCCCAACGAAAUCUCAUUCCUUAAGGGAGAAAUACUGGACGUACUGGACAACAAGGGCAAAUGGUGGCAGGCUAGAAGAACCACUGAUGGCAAAGUCACUGUCGGUAUCGUCCCAUCCAACUAUUUACAGCUCCAGUAG